AUGUCACACAAAAUUAAAGCAACUACUUUAGAUACCAUCGAGGCCUUUAGCUAUAUUUGGCAAUACUGGCGAUACUUUGGAAUGUAUCCCGAUUUGUAUGCACGUCGCGUCAAUUGGGGCUAUUUAAUUGUACUGAAUUUGUUAUGUGGAGUCAUCUUUCCGUUGCUUUAUAUCGCGUCACUUUUCAUACCAAUCGACUUGAAUCAAAAACUAGCCAAUAUCAGUGUUGCCGUGCCGAUACUCUAUACUUUGGGGAAACAAGUGAUCAUCGUUUAUUAUUUACGCAAAGAUCUGCCGAGAGCCAUAAGACAAUUACAAGCGUUGGAUAGACUCGCCGAGUGUCGACCAGAGGAUCGUAAUUAUAUGAAGCGCAUGGUAAAGAUUUGCCAUUGGAUAUUUUGGGGAACGUUUGUGGGUUUUUGGUUUGCCAUACUCUUCUAUGGUGUUGCGGAUAUUUUUCGUCACAAAUUACCCUUCGAAAGUUGGAUACUAUUCGAUUGGCAGCGUUCGGAGCUCGCUUAUGUGUGCGCUUGUGCAUUACAAAUGUUUGGGAUGGGAAUACAAACAUCGAAUGCCACCUGUUGUGACACUUAUGCGGUCACAUAUUUAGUUUUGCUGGUGACUCACUUGCGUAUAUUAAAUGAACGGAUUGCACGUGUGGGUUGUGCUGGUGCCAGCAAUGAUGCGGAGAAUUAUCGAGAGUUAGUGGCUUGUGUGGAGUAUCAUAAAGAGUGCAUGAGUUACUUCAUCAGUAUACGUCCCAUGCUUUCUGGCACUUGCUUUAUACAGUUUCUCAGCACUGCGUGGGGUCUUAGCACGUCUGCCAUUGCUUUUGUUCGUGGAAAUAUUGGUUUUUCGGAAUCUAUAAAAUUUUUAAUUCUCUUUGGUUCAAUUAUUAUCGAGGUUGUGCCGUGUUGUUGGUUCAUGGAUGAAGUUCUGGCUGAAAUGCGUAAAUUGACCAACUCCAUGUACUCGUGUCGUUGGUAUAAGCAGAAUUUGAGAUUCCGCAAAGCUUUGAUUAUUUUUAUGCAACGCUCGCAAAAAAUACAUCCGAUAGUAGCUGGAAAUUUAAUGCCUGUUUCCUUGGAGACAUUUACGAUGUAUGGAUAG